AUGUUGGACACAGCCAGCAAUGGAAACUUCCUUAAUCAGGAUGUGGAUGAUGGCUGGCAGCUUGUGGAAAACAUUGCAAACUCCAAUGGAAGCUAUGGAGAAGAGUAUGAUCGCACCAACCGGAGCUCGACCCACCACUCGAUCGAGUCCGAUGAGAAAUUGAGAAAAGAUGUCAAAUCGUUGAAUGAGAAGUUGGAUAAGCUUAUCUUAGCUCAGUCCACAAUGAAGAAGGUCAAUUUUGUGUCUGCUGAAGAGAUGGAACCAGUCCAAGAAGGGGAGGAUACACAAUUUGCUGAAGUAUGUUACAUGAGCAAUGGGCAAGGAGGACCAGGUUAUCCUCAACAACAGCAAGCUCGAUCGAGUCAAGCUCACAACAUGGGUAUGGUCCUAAAAACAACUACCAAGGCCCUCAAGGGACUUUUCCUGGUCAGCAAAUGCACAUAUCCACCUGGCUUUCCCCACCAACCACCCCAGCCUGCACCUACACCUGAGCAUGAGCUCAAGGCUAUGUUGAAACAAUUGCUCCAAGGCAAGCUGAUGGUGUUGUGGACACAAGCAAGAAGUUGGCUGAAAUCAACUCCAAGAUUGAGAAUCUCAACACAAGAGUGUACUCUCUGGAGAAUCAUGCUUCUUCUGUUGCUGCUGCUACAAAGCAAGGACAACUACCUGGUAAAGCCAUUCAGAACCCCAAGGAACAGUGCAAGGUCAUCUUCACUCAAGAAGGCUCCUGGAGUCCAGAUUGAUCAACCUGAAGUGCAAGCCACUACUGUAGCCUUUCACACUUCACCAGUUGAGCUCGCACAACAAGCUCGAUCGGCAGCUCGAUCGAGUCGAACUCUAGCUCGAUCGAGUCAGACAUCAUCCGUCCUCAAGCCGAUUUUGCUUGAUCCUUACCAGCCAGUUGAUCCAUCAUCAGGCCGCCUACUCAGUCAAAGCCAUAAGGAAGUGAUUCACAAGUUCAGAAGAGACCUAGUGAGAUUGGAGUUGAGUUGCCUUCUAUGGAAAGCAUGA